UUUUUUUUUACACUUUUCAGACAAGUUGACACAUUUAAAAUGAUUCGUAGAAAUACUCGUCUUCGUAGAGAAUAUCUCUAUAAGAAAUCCCUUGAAUCCAAGGAACGCACAAUCUAUGAUCGUAAGCAACAGAUCAAGGACGCAGUUGAACAAGGAAAGCGUUUACCCACCGAAUUAAGAGACAUGGAUAAAUCUACAAAGGAAGAUCUCGGUUACGAUCAAGCUCAAGAAGCACCUUCCACACAUGAGGAUGAUGAAUAUGCUCGCGGUGGUGUUUUCGACCCCAAGAUUCUUAUUACAACAUCCAGAGAUCCCAGUAGUCGUUUACAACAGUUUUCAAAGGAAAUGCGUCUUGUAUUUCCCAACUCUCAACGUAUCAACCGUGGUGGACAUGUUAUGAAGGAAAUUGUCGAUGCUUGUAGAGCCAACGAAGUGACAGAUUUAAUUGUAUUGCAUGAACAUCGUGGUCAACCAGAUGGUAUGAUUGUCAGUCAUUUCCCCUAUGGCCCCACAUGUUACUUUUCUUUACAUAACGUUGUUCUUCGUCAUGAUAUUAAGGAUCAAGGAACAGUGUCUGAGGCAUUCCCUCAUUUAAUAUUCGAAAACUUCAAUUCCAAAUUAGGUGCCAGAAUUACCAAUAUCUUAAAAUUCUUAUUCCCUGUUCCAAAAGACGAUACAAAGCGUGUCAUGACAUUCUCGAACGAUAAUGAUUAUAUUUCAUACAGACAUCAUGUUUAUGUUAAAGCAGCUAACCAAGUCGAAUUGGCCGAAGUUGGUCCUCGUUUUGAAAUGAGACCUUAUGAGAUCAGACUCGGAACAGUAGAUUUAACAGACGCAGAUGUAGAAUGGCAAUUGUCAGCCUUUACCAGAACAGCUGCAAAGAGACAAGAACUUUAGAUAUUUCCUUUGCAACCACUCAACCUCCCCAACCUUCCUUUCCGUGUACAAAAUAAAAAUAAUCUUGUUAAAAACAACUGUAUAUCUUUUUUAGUGGCAGCUCAAUAAACAGGUUGUGAUAAAUAGGA